UCUUCAAAUGUGAUGACAGACUUAGCUGCCGCUGAAGCAUCGGCAUCAAAACUAGAUUUACAAAAACAGGUAAGAGGAGCCAGAGGUAGCACAGAUUGGAAAAAGAUACGAUGAGAGCGGCUGUGUUGUGGUUUCUGCCAAUGGCCUUGGCCACUUUUACCGAGAAGGACAACUGCGACCGAACGUGCGGGAACAUAAGUGUGCCUUUCCCCUUCGGUCUUGACGAAAGUUGUGUGAGGAACUCCUACCUCGUCCUCACCUGCAACCACACUUUGGCAACCCCAAAGCUGGUCCUUGGCAACAUUCCGGUGUUUAACAUAUUUGUGGAGAACGGGACGAUGACCGUCGGCGAUUACAUAUCAUUCGACUGUUAUGACCAGAGUGGCCAUCGGCUUAACGGCUCUCGCCCUGACACAUAUAUGAUAUUGACCGAAGAAAGGCCCUAUACAUUCUCGGACACCCGGAACAAGCUCAGUCUUCGGUUGUGACACGUGGGCUCUUAUCUCAGACACUGUCGGGACUUUCGGUAGUGGAUGCUUCUCCUAUUGCCGCGAGGACAUUGACUUCAUGGCCGAGAGCACUUGCUCCGGCCUCGGGUGCUGUCAGACGUCAAUCCCCAAGAGCCUCAGGAACCUCACUAUAUCUAUGGACAGCUCGACGAAUUACACCUCAGUUCGGAACUUCAGCUCUUGUGGAUCAGCGUUCGUAGUGGACCAGGAGUCGUUUAACGUCUCCGAUUACAAACUUCCUGUCCCAGAUGAUAUGCAAAACGACAUUUACUCAAGAAUUGUCCUGGAUUGGGUAGUUGAACGGAAUUUGACCUGCGAGGAAGCGCAAUUGAAUCAAUCAAACUAUGCCUGUGGCGCCAAUAGUAACUGCUCUUACUUCACGAAUGGGAAGGGUUAUCGUUGCUUCUGUGAGGCUGGGUACACGGGGAAUCCCUAUGCCUCCCCACUGUCCCAAGGAUGGCAAGACAUCGAUGAGUGCAAGGAUCCACAACAAUAUCCAUGUCACGGGAAUUGCAAGAAUACGCCUGGGAACUACACAUGCAACUGCCCAUUUGGCAUGACUGGUGAUGGCAAAGUUGGUUGCCAAACUUCUCGUCUUGUCAUAAUCGUUGCAGGUAAUUCUACUUCCCUUAUGAUUGUCGCUCAAUAA